AUGAAAGUUUUAAGUCUUCUUUUAGUAGUCUUUUUAUUAUUUAGUAUUAUUUUAGCCCAAGACUCAUCAGCUGCUAGUAGCCAAUCAAGCGGUGCUAUCAUUGAUUCAUCAGCAUCUGAAAAUAAUUCAACUGAUUCAAGUGCCUCUGCAAGUGGUAGUGGUAGUUUAUCAUCAUCAUCAUCAUUUGACUCUAGUGCAUCAAAUAGUGGUUCAAAUAGUGCCAGUGGUAGUUUUUCAUCAUCAUCAUUAGAUUCAAGUGCUUCAUCAAAUAGUGGUUCAAAUAGUGCUGGUUCAUCAUCAUCAUUUGAUUCAAGUGCUUCAUCAAACUCUGGUUCAAACAGUGCCUCAUCCACUGAUUCAUCUGCCUCAUCAAACUCUGGCUCAAACAGUGCAUCAUCAACUGAUUCAUCUGCAUCAAACUCUGGUUCAAACAGUGCCUCAUCAACUGACUCAUCUGCCUCAUCAAACUCUGGUUCAAAUAGUGCCUCAUCCACUGACUCAUCUGCCUCAGGUUCAUCUGCUUCAUCUACUGACUCAUCUGCAUCAAACUCUGGUUCAAAUAGUGCCUCAUCAACUGAUUCAUCUGCCUCAGGCUCAUCUACUUCAUCAACUGAUUCAUCUGCCUCAGGCUCAUCUACUUCAUCAACUGAUUCAUCUGCUUCAGGCUCAUCCACUUCAUCCACUGACUCAUCUGCCUCAGGUUCAUCUGCUUCAUCUACUGAUUCAUCUGCCUCUGGUUCAUCUGCCUCAUCUACUGAUUCAUCAUCAAACUCUGGUUCAAACAGUGCCUCAUCAACUGAUUCAUCUGCCUCUGGUUCAUCUGCUUCAUCAACUGAUUCAUCUGCCUCUGGUUCAUCUGCUUCAUCAACUGAUUCAUCUGCCUCAUCAACUGACUCAUCAUCAAACUCUGGUUCAAGCAGUGCUUCAUCAACUGAUUCAUCUGCUUCAGGUUCAGAAGGUUCAUCAUCAGAAGGUUCAUCAUCAGAUGGCAAUGUUAAAUGUUUCUCACAUCACAAUACUCUCUCUGUUAGCAGCUUAAACGAAACCAUUGAAUGUAAAGGUCGUGGUGAAACUAGAUGUAUCUCUGAAAGUGGUUACUUAUGUGCUACAGCUGGUCGUGAAAACCGUCGUACUCAAAUCGAAUGUUCAGCCAACACCUACAUUAGAUGCACUGGUGACUACAUUAGAUGUUCAGUUGGUAACACUGAAUGUGCUAUUCGUGAUGGUGAUUUAAAGAUUACUGAAUCACCAAAAUACCCACCACACUGGAACAAACAUUAA